UCUGAGCUCAUCAUAGUCCCCCGUGUUACAUAUUUAUACUGCACCCUGCAUCUUAGAGACGCGCAGACACGCCGCUUUUUUAAUGUGACAGUUGGAAGAAGUGAGGAAAAGCUAAACAGAUAACGAGAUCUCUCUCAAGGAAACAAACCAGCCUAAUUCUGAUAAAGAUUACUAGAAGAGUUCCGAAAGCAACAGGAAACCUUUAUUUCUAGAGAGGUUGUCUUCAGGAAAGGAGGCCCUGGCGCUGAUUUUACGAUUUCUGAGAAGAAUCAACAUGUGAUGAGUUAUUGCAGAAAUUAAAUUAGAAUCAAUUUUUUGCUAAAUAAACCAACCGGUACUACCAGGAAACUCACCAUGGAGGAUUUUGAGCCUUGUGUCUAUCAGCUGCAGCCCAACAUCAUUUCAGUGAGACUUUUCAAAAGGAAAGUAGGGGGUCUCGGGUUUCUAGUGAAGCAAAGAGUAUGUAAACCUCCAGUCAUAAUAUCUGACCUGAUCAGGGGAGGUGCAGCAGAAGAUUGUGGUCUCAUUCAAGUAGGGGACAUUGUCCUAGCUGUAAAUAAUAAGCCUUUGGUCGACAUGAGCUAUGAGAGCGCUCUAGAGAUCCUGAAGAACAUUUCACCAGAGACGUAUGUAGUUUUGAUUUUGAGAGGUCCAGAGGGAUAUACUACUCACUUGGAGACUACCUUUUCUGGUGAUGGGAAACCAAAGACUAUAAGGGUCACCAGGCCACUGUAUCCUGUGUCUAAAUCCUUUGACUGUACCACUCAGGGCCUUCAGAACAGCAAAGAGCAGUUGAGAGCCAUCGAAAGCCUCUCCUCUCCCACAGAGAACAGCCAGGAGCAAAACCCCCUGAUUCAGAUCAAUGGGGCUGUAUCCCCCUUGGUUGGACAGGACCAUUCCUUCAAAGACAGCGGCUGCACUACGGAUCACAGUGCCCUUCUCAAUGGUGGAGAAGAAAGCAAUGACCUGCUCAAAGAAAUUGAACCCGUGCUGAAUUUGUUAAAAAACAGCAACAGGGAAAUCAAUGGAGAAGGUCUGCAUAAGAUAGAGAAGAGAGAUGUAGAAGUCCAGGUGGACAGCGGUCUAGCUCAGGUGAGCGAGAAAACUCUGCAGCUAGCAGCGGAUAAUGACAGAGUGUUUGAUGACCUGUGGGGAAAGGACAAUAUGCCUGUGGUCCUCAACAACCCCUACUCUGAGAGUGAGCAGCAGCCACCUUCUCAAGGCAGAAUAUCACCAACCAAAACCCUGCCAAACGGCAGUCCUUCCAAAUGUCCUCGCUUCAUGAAGAUAAGGAACUUGGAGAGUGGAAAUGUUUUGAAUGACACUUUACAUUUUACCUCCAGUAAGACACCGAUCUGCACAGAGAGUGUUUGUAUAGGUUCUAUCAUGAUACCUAGCCAACAUGCCCGCAAACCAGAGGAAGUGAGAACAAGGGAAGAAUUACUACCACUUGCAACUGAUUUCAUUGAUCAGUACUACACGUCCAUAAAAAGAUUUGGCUCUAAGGCACAUGUGGACAGGCUUGAAGAAGUGAAAAGGGAAAUUGAAGCAACUGGGUCUUAUCAACUUAAAGACACAGAGCUUAUCUAUGGAGCCAAACAUGCUUGGAGGAAUGCAGCCAGAUGUAUAGGUAGAAUACAGUGGUCAAAACUUCAGGUGUUCGAUGCCAGGGACUGUACAACAGCUCACGGGAUGUUUAAUUACAUCUGUAAUCACAUCAAGUAUGCCACCAACAAAGGCAAUCUCAGGUCUGCCAUCACCAUAUUUCCUCAACGGACAGAUGGUAAACAUGACUUUCGUGUCUGGAACAGCCAGCUGAUCCGCUAUGCCGGCUAUAAGCAGCCUGAUGGCUCUAUUCUUGGUGAUCCAGCUUCUGUGGAACUCACUGAGGUCUGUAUCCAGCAAGGUUGGAAAGCACCAAAAGGUCGAUUUGAUGUCCUUCCUCUUUUACUCCAAGCCAACGGAAAUGAUCCAGAGCUUUUUGAGAUUCCAGCUGACCUCAUUUUGGAAGUGCCAAUCACACAUCCAAAGUUUGAAUGGUUUAAGGAUCUUAAUCUCAAAUGGUAUGGUCUCCCAGCUGUGGCCAACAUGCUUUUGGAGAUUGGUGGACUUGAGUUCACAGGCUGCCCUUUCAGUGGCUGGUAUAUGGGUACAGAGAUUGGAGUUCGUGACUUCUGUGACAGCUCCCGUUAUAACAUUCUUGAGGAAGUUGCCGCAAAGAUGGGCCUAGAUGCCAGAAAGACUUCCUCGCUGUGGAAAGAUCGGGCACUGGUGGAGGUUAACAUUGCCGUUCUUUACAGUUUUCAGAGUUCUAAGGUUACUAUAGUGGAUCACCAUUCUGCAACUGAGUCCUUUAUGAAACACAUGGAGAAUGAGUACCGGGUGAGAGGAGGCUGUCCAGCAGACUGGGUCUGGAUUGUACCCCCAAUGUCAGGGAGCAUCACCCCCGUGUUUCACCAAGAGAUGCUAAAUUAUCGACUGACACCUUGCUUUGAGUAUCAGCCUGACCCCUGGAAUACUCAUGUGUGGAAAGGGAUUAAUGGAACGCCGACAAAAAAAAGAGCUAUCGGCUUUAAGAAGUUAGCAAAGGCAGUCAAGUUCUCCGCAAAGCUUAUGGGACAGGCCAUGGCAAAGAGAGUGAAAGCUACUAUAUUGUAUGCCACGGAAACAGGGAAAUCUCAGGUCUACGCAAAAACCUUAUGUGAAAUUUUCAAGCAUGCCUUCGAUGCAAAGGUGAUGUCCAUGGACGAGUAUGAUGUUGUGGAUCUGGAACACGAAACACUGGUUUUAGUGGUGACCAGUACAUUUGGCAAUGGAGACCCUCCAGAAAAUGGAGAGAAAUUUGGUGGUGCUUUGAUGGAAAUGAGGCACCCCAACUCCAAUUCAGAAGACAGAAAGAGUUACAAAGUUCGCUUCAAUAGUGUCUCAUCAUACUCCGAUGCACGCAAAUCUUCAAGUGAUGAACCUGAGCCCAGAGACAACUUCGAAAGUACUGGACCUCUAGCUAAUGUCAGGUUUUCUGUGUUUGGCCUAGGAUCUAGGGCCUAUCCACACUUCUGUGCCUUUGCUCGUGCCAUAGACACUCUCUUGGAGGAGCUCGGAGGGGAGCGGAUCCUCAGAAUGGGUGAGGGAGAUGAGCUCUGUGGCCAAGAGGAGUCAUUCCGCACCUGGGCCAAAAAAGUUUUUAAGGCGGCCUGUGAUGUCUUCUGCGUGGGUGACGAUGUGAAUAUUGAAAAGGCAAACAAUUCUUUAAUCAGCAAUGAUCGGAGCUGGAAGAGGAGUAAAUUCAGACUGACCUACACAGCAGAGGCGCCUGAACUCACACAAGCACUAUACAAUAUUCACAAGAAGAAGGUCUCAGGAGCAAAACUGCUGACACGGCAAAAUCUUCAGAGUCCCAAAUCCAGCAGUAGAUCCACCAUAUUCCUGCGUCUCCGUACUACUAAUCAUGAAAGUCUAAAGUACCUGCCAGGGGACCAUCUCGGGAUCUUUCCCGGGAACCAUGAGGAUCUUGUCACUUCCCUCAUUGAAAAACUGGAAGAUGCCCCUCCUGUCAACCAGAUUGUGAAGGUGGAGUUUUUAGAGGAGAGAAGCACAGCCUUGGGUGUCAUCAGUAACUGGACUGAUGAGAUCCGCAUUCCCCCCUGCACCAUCUUCCAAGCCUUUAAGUAUUUCCUGGACAUUACGACCCCACCCACCCCUCUCCUGUUGCAGCAGUUUGCUUCACUGGCAACCAAUGACAAACAGAGGAAGAAACUCGAGGUUCUCAGCAAGGGCCUACAAGAAUAUGAGGAGUGGAAAUGGUAUAACAAUCCCACCAUCGUGGAGGUUCUGGAAGAGUUCCCCUCCCUGCAGAUCCCUUCCACAUUACUGCUUACCCAGCUUCCUCUGCUCCAGCCCCGCUAUUACUCCAUCAGCUCCUCUCCAGAUGCCUACCCCGGAGAAAUCCAUCUUACUGUGGCCGUUGUUUCAUAUCGCACCAGAGAUGGUGAGGGAUCUAUCCAUCACGGUGUUUGCUCUUCCUGGCUCAACAGGAUUGAAACAGAUGAAAUUGUUCCAUGUUUUGUCAGAGGUGCUCCAUCUUUUCGAAUGCCCAAAGAUCCCAAGGCUCCGUGCAUUCUUGUGGGUCCUGGAACAGGAAUUGCUCCCUUCCGAAGUUUUUGGCAACAGAGGCUGUAUGAUUUUGAACACAAGGGCAUUAAAUCCAGCCCUAUGAUCCUUGUCUUUGGGUGCCGCCAAUCCAAAAUAGACCACAUUUACAAAGAAGAAACGAUUCAGGCCAGAAACAAAGAGGUGUUUAAAGAAUUGUACACCGCAUACUCAAGGGAGCCAGGGAAACCAAAGAAAUACGUACAGGACGUGCUCCGUGAGCAGCUUGCUGGGACGGUAUACACCUGUCUGAAGGAGCAGGGCGGGCAUGUGUACGUGUGUGGGGAUGUGACGAUGGCUGGAGAUGUACUGAAGACGAUACAGCAGAUUGUGAAGGUGCAGGGAAACAUGUCACUGGAAGAUGCUGGCUUUUACAUCAGCAAAUUAAGGGAUGAAAACCGGUACCACGAAGAUAUCUUUGGAGUCACGCUGCGCACAUACGAAGUUACUAACAGGCUGCGAUCGGAAUCCAUCGCUUUUAUUGAAGAAAGCAAAAAGGAUUCAGAUGAGGUUUUCUGCUCAUAGGAUCGUUGUUCCUGUGGAGCCUUUCGAAGUUUAACCACUAGUGGGCGCUGUUUGAAAAGAAGCGACGCGCUGCAGCUAAAGUCAAAGUAUACUGUGCCGACUUUUAUACUGUAUACAGUACAUACCGACUCUUUCUUUUCUACAGGAAAUGCUUUGUAAUGGUCAGGCUGUGCAGUUGUCCUGUGGCAACCCCUUUUUUCCCCACAUAAAAAAACACUUUUAUUAUUUUUGAAAGACAUCCGCCAAUGACUGUUUUGUAAACACCGGGUUCGCGUGUGCACAACAUUUAAGCUCGGUAUUAAUGCAUGUAAGACAAAAGUAUUUUAUAAUAUAUCCUAUAUUUACUAUAUCAGUGUAACGAACGAUGCCUUCUCCUUAAGUGCAGCAUUUAAAGAUUUGAACUCGUGAGCAAGAAUACAUAUACAGGCAUUAAGCUCAGUUCUUUAUUGUACCAACAAGAGGAUUUGGAAUAGUAUAAUGCUACAUUGCUGGCAGGGUGAUUUUCCUUCUCAGUAUAGCUUUGCUGUGGCUUCGACGUUUUCCCAAGAAAAUUGUUGGAUGUUGUGUAGACAUGCUUUACUGCAAGGUUUUCCAGCCUUAGUUCUGGGGAACCCCACACUUGAGUUCUCUGCUUAAUUGAAUACUUAAUUGAGCUAAUAAAGGGAUUACUUUGAACUCUUCUCAAGUUGUUUUCAGUUCCUCAACAACUGGUUGGAUGCAUUUUAGCCAUUGUGUUUAAGAAGCAGCCUGAGAACUCAGCUGGAGCAAAAAUCAGAAGAGACUGAGAUUACCUGCUCUCAUACAUCACUUUCCAAUCCUGGUUCUAGACACUGAUGUGUCUGAGCACUGCCAUUCCACUUUACAGUAACUCUUGAUAAGCUUAAUCAGCUUUUUAAUAGCUAAAUUGGACCAACUAAUCACUGCUAUUUUGAGGUGGUCCUAGAGACACUGCAGGUCCUGUUGGCCCUCCAGGACUAGACACCCCUGGCUUAUAAGAAAGAUCAUAUAUAAACUACAGAAGUUGCUGGCAGGAUCUUUUUCAGUGGCCUCUGAUUUUAGUGGCAGUGCUCAUAUAGUAUACUGAUUUUCUGUGAAUUAUAUAGUUUUUGCCAUUGCUGUUAGGCAAGACUAUUGUUGAAUAAGCAACAUUUCCAAGACAACAGGCAGUGUUGACAACACAGCAUAUGUUAUAUGCAACAUGCUCCGUAUGCAGUAAUAAAAGCUUGCUUAUUAUUUUGUCGACAAACUCCCAUCACCUAUCUUUCGGUGAAAAUGUGUCUGUAGUGUUUGUAAGCCAAUACCAAACAGCCAUGCUUUUUAAGAACUGUGAUCUUGCAAUGCUUACAGGUCUGCUCAUCGUGGGACUGUUUUCUGAAGUGAAAUGAUACAAUUCAGGCUUAUUAUUUUUACUUUUGCAGUCACCAUGACGUACCUUUAGAAAAAGUAAAUAAACAAUGAAUUUAGGAAAUAAAAUUCAGCAAAGAUGAUAAUGCAUAUAAUUUCAGUCUUUUGUGGCAUUCGCAAAAAUCAAGGUAUUUGAUAAAUCUCUAGUAUUUCCUUGUCUGAGAGGAUUCUCUUCCCUUUGAGUAGACAUUGCUAUUACUUCAGCGAAAUGCUGGGUGCUCCUCACAAAUCAUAAUAGAUAGUGCUUGAAUUAUCCCCUAUCUUUCUGUCGAAGACUGUCGAAGACUUUGCCAGGAGAUAAAGGAUGUACUGGUAUUUUCCUCAGUGAUCAAAUCAAGUCAGAUUACUAAAAUUAUAUUUAGUUUUAACUAAAGUUAUAAACGUCCUAGAGUUAUAGUUUCAUGCUCUGCGUCUUGAGUUGUCCUAGGCAACACAUAUUAGGAAUAUGUAAUAAAAAAAGAAACCUAAUAAAGUCAGAAAAAAAUAUUAAAUUAAAAAUAUUGCCAAACACUAAAGUUUAAAAGUAUAUCUUUAGCUGGUGGGAGAAAUUGUACUGUAAAUUAAAAUGCAUGACAAUACACACAAUAUAGUGCUUACCAAAACUAAUCUCUUACAAGCUAACAACGUACAAUAACAAGAGAGGUUAGAAGGUAAUAAAAACAGAGGUUACAUAAUUUAUAUGGAGGGUGUAUUGCUCUGGCGAUAGGUAUUAUGCUGAUUUCUAGCGUUCAAGUGUAAAAGAAUGAACACUUUCUACAUAUCUGUGUUUCAGAAUGUUGGGCCCUUUUGUCAUUCGCUCUGCAGGCCUUUUCCCUCCAAUUUGACUGGAUUAGAGUGAUUUUCUCUGUAAGAGAUGUGCUACAAAACUGCUGUAGUGCAGUGUAGUGCAGGCCUGGUGCUCAUAGAGACAAAUUGAUAUCAUUUCAUGUCACCUUUUCUACAACAGCAUCUCAUUGCUAAGCAUAACAUACUGUACCACUCCACUUGCAGUUACUUGGAAAGAGAAGGCACCUACAGUAACCAUUAGCAGUUCGGCCUACUACACAGAGCAUGUUACUUCUUGUCCCCCAUAAUCUAAAGAGCUUCCAUAUUUGAGCAAAGAAUGGAUGUCUUUUCUCUGAUUUGCAUGUUUGUGUUAAAAAUAAUUCAUAAUUUUCGCAUGACAGACAGUAGGUGACAAAUUGCAUUAUGAUCCUCAGAUCUACAGUAACUUUCAUGUUCGUUUAAAGUUUUUUUUUUACUUUUUCCUUUUGCUGAAAGUUGCAUAAUGAGAAGAAUGUAGGGAUGACUGACGCUUGCCUUAUAGUACAAAAGUCAGUGCUAGGUCCCCAUUUUUAACUUUUUUUCCUGCGCUUGCUCGUUCUCCUGAGCUAAUAAAGUCCAAGCACAGCGCGUAUGUUGGUUUUUCACAUGCAUGUAGCUGUCUCACUUGCAAUUGUAUAGUCCUUCUGCAUGAUGUUUGAUCACUCACUCUCUAGCCACCUGAUCUUUGAUGCUCUCUUAACUUUUAUACCGGGGUAUGUGAUGUUCAUUUUGUACUGAUUAAUUACCUCACUUUCAAAAAAUCUUUCUUAAUAACCUUUCGCAUAUAGACAUUUUUUCAUUUUACUGUAGGGCUGUUCUUCAACACCUUCAAGCCCUUGUCCUUUUUGAGCUCCAAUGCAAGACAACAGAGUUUUGCAAGCUUGAAGGUCUGUAGAUGUGCAUGGACUCUUUCCAUUGCCUCCUCUAAAAAAAACACACAUGCACAUUUACUUUGCCAGUUAGUAUCACAAAGUCAUAAGCAUGUAACCGGAAUAAGGAAGAGCAGUGUAUUUUUAGAAGUCAUACUUGUGCUUUUCUGUUACCUGGCACUGUACAAGGGAUAACCAACAAGAAGUGGUAUAACUGAUUUUUUUUCAAAAAAUAAACUAUAUGUAUUACAGCUAAAACACCUACAUUGGAACUAUAGUUGAUGCAUUAUUUUAAGGCUGUGCCUUUUAGAGCUACACUACAGAGGUCAUAUUACUGUAUGUGACUGAUUUUAUGAAUACUUUUUGUGAAUGAUCACAAAGGCUAUACUAUUAGCCAAUGCUUGUAUUUUAUUUUUACCAUAUUGCUUUCAAGUUAUUGGUUGAGCUGAACUGCAGAAAUCCUUGUUGUCUCUAAAAGGGUUUCAGUGCCAAAUGAUUCAGCAUGCUGCAGACAAGAAUAGAGCAAUUUGCCUAUGACAGCGUCUUUAUUAAAAAAUCACUUCAUUAAUUUGCCAUUGUUGGAUUUUUUUAGUGUUCAUUUAAAAGGAAUGCAAACCGUUUACACUCUGUGAUCUAAAAAUGUGCAAAAAAAUAAAGAACUAGCUAAAUAAUUAGAUCUUUUUUAAGAAUGUAUUUUUGGUUAUAUCAAUUGUUUGUCUUUCCUGCUUGAAAUAUUUUGAAGAAAUGCAUUUCGUAUGGAAAAGUGGAAUACUGAUCCAAAUGCAUGAUGUAUCCUGUGACUUUAAGAAUUCUUAUAUUUACUAACACUAUAAGUAUAAGUAAUAUUGUACUAUUGUAACUGAUUGCAGCUCCUAUGCUUGAAUGCCUGUGUGCUUGGGGUACAUUUGUGUUAUAUCACUGCUGCUAAUAUGAUCUAUAAACAGGCUUUGCAGUGGUCUUUUUGUUGUGGAAUCUACUGACCUUAAUUAUGUGUCAUUUUAUGUUUACCUCCAAAAAUUUGCUUAAUAAAAACAUUUCUAUGUUGA